AUGACGACGGACGACAGAAGAAAGACGGUCUUGAUCACCGGAUGUGCUGCUGGAGGAAUUGGGAACUCUCUCGCUCUAGGCUUUCAUAAACGAGGCUUUAGGGUCUUUGCAACUGCUCGGUCACUCGCACAGCUAACCGGUCUUGCGGAUCAAGGGAUUGAGACGCUUGAACUCGUCGUGGACAACGAUGAGUCGAUUUUGGCCACGCACCUGGCCGUUGAAAACCUGACCCAGGGCCGUGGACUGGAUUUUCUCAUCAACAACGCUGGCGUCUCAUAUGUCAUGCCCGCUAUUGAUGUCGAUGUGGAAGAUGCUAAGAAGAUCUUCAAUGUUAACUUCUUCGCAAUCGUCAGACUCUGCCAGGUCUUUGCGCCACUCUUAAUUCAGGCAAAAGGUACAAUUGUCAUGAUAGGCAGCCUUGCUGGAGUCAUUCCAUAUGUCUUCGGUAGCAUAUAUAAUGCAUCCAAAGCUGCCCUGCAUGCGUACGCAAACACCCUCAGAGUCGAGCUUGCCCCGUUCGACGUCAAGGUCAUCAACAUCGUUACGGGCGGUGUCAAAUCCCGAAUCGCUUCCCACACAACGCGAUAUCUGCCAGAGAACAGUGUAUAUGCACCUCUCGAAGCCAACUACAUGAGACGGCAAGGGCACUCCCAGGAAGGUGCCAUGCCCAACGAGGCAUAUGCGGAGAGUGUCAUCAAACAAGUCAUUCCUGGCUCUGGGCCUUGGCCGUGGAGAUGGCUGAUGAGAGACGCCCGCAAAAGGUGGAUAUGGGAAGGCAACAAGAGCUGGCUGGUGUACUACAUCAGCGGUGGUUAUACCUGGACUGGCAUUCUUGAUCUGUACAUGACUCUCCUGUUCGGUCUUUCCAAGCUCCGCAAAUCCAAAAGCGAAUGA